UAAAUGCAUUUUAAGUUCUUUGAAGAUCUUAGGCAAUUGCAGCAGCCCCGAGUUCUCGCAACAAGGAUUAGGAGGCUAUUUGUAGCAAGGUACAAGAACAUUGUGACGCUUAUGCUUUGGCUUUAUGUGUUCAACAGGCUAUAUAACGUCAUAAAUGAUCCAAGCAAUCGAAAUGCUCCUCUGAGGGGAUGGGAUCGUGAAACGCCUAGGAGUAUAGCAGAUUACUUGGAUCCAGCAAAAGAUACGGCGAUUUUAGUCCCGCGAGAGUUCUGUCGGAGCAAAGCCUUUCUGACCAUCGCAGUGUGCUCAGACGUAAAAAAUUUUGAACGGCGUCGUGUCAUCCGUUCGCUAUGGGGCAAUUCCAGCGAUUUUAAUUAUUCUACCUUUGUGAAGUUACAUGGUCACCUUGAAGGGCAUUAUUUGAACGUUUUGCCUGACCGAGUGAAACUGUACGCUGAAUAUCUUAGUGGCAAGGGUGAUUCCUUAAAAGCAUCUAUACGGAUCGUUUUCAUAGUGGGCCGCAAAGACUUGUCAUCUCUCCUUGAAAAUGAGGCUGUUGCUAAGGAGGCAGAAAAGUAUAAUGAUAUCAUUCAAGAGAACUUCAUGGAUACCUAUAAUAACCUGACCAUCAAGACUGUCAUGGCGAUGAAGCACAUUAGUCAGAGUUGUCUCAAUACAACAGCAUACUACUUCAAGUGCGACGAUGAUACCUUUGUGAAUGUUCCUAAUGUGCUGCACUUUUUGCUCGGAGGAACGAUUCCGGUGAACAAAAUAACUGCGAAUUACCAUUACGCCAACACGUACAAGGUCACUUUGCCAAUAAAACGCUUGACGGCUCGCACGGAGGUUAUGUAUGGACGGCAGUACUGCAAUGUGCCACCGUUGACCAAUAAACUCAACAAAUGGUACAUGCCAUCGUACUUGUUUCGGGGCGGAGUAUAUCCCAACUACUUGUGUGGAUCCGGCUAUCUACUAUCUAUCGAUGUAGUGCCACGUUUGUACAAGGCUGCACUAGGUACCAAAAUGUUUCACUUGGAGGAUCUGUUUGUCACCGGCUUGUGUGCGGAGAAAGCUGGAAUCAAAAGAACUAAUCAUCCGCUUUUCAUGUCCUUGUUUCCAAAUGAUGAGAAUAGGAUGUGCACUGUUAAGGGAUGCUUCACCGUUCACCGCGCAAAGGAUAACUUAAUGUGGGAUGCUUGGUACGAUGUCAAUAACUACAGCGUAAAGUGCCUACCGCCAAAAAAGAACUUCCAGUCGAAACUGCCGAAGAAGCAAAGAUGUUAAAUUUGUAUUCAUUUGAACUUAAUAAUAAGAACGAUUUUGUCCAACUAUUUAAAUUGAUAAAUAGAUGUGAUGUUUA